GAAGAUUGCGUUUGAAGCUUUUAAAAAAUCCUUUCUAGCCUCCCACAGCCAGCACCUGAUAAACUAUAGAAAAUCCACUGAUGACUGCUGCUUUCUCCAGGCAAAAUCGGAUUUUUGCAUCUCACUAAUCCCCUGUCACAAUCUGCAUCCUGCCAUCAGGGCUGGGGAAAGCACUGGCUCAGUCCUGCCCACUCACUCGGCUCCGCUCUGGCCUCGCACACUCUAGAGAUACACGACGCCAACAAAUCUCCAGCGACGGACUGCUAUAUCUACACACCUUGGCUCGUAGUUAAUCAAAACGUUGGAAGGGGUGUGAUGGAGGGGGGCUGACCUAGUGUCCCAUGGGAAGAUUGUGAUUCUGUGAGCCAAACGGAACGGAGGGCCAACCCAGGCGGCAUCAUGUCUCCAGCCUCAGAAGCCCCAGUUAGCCGGCGUCUCCUCGCACCCCCGGCGAGGCGUCCAUGACUCCCACCCUCUCCCUGCCCCCCUCCCGAGCGACAAGAGACCAACCGAACGAACGAGGAUCGAUCCUCCGACCGGACUGUUUGCCAUUGAUGCAUGGAGCCCGGUGAGAGUCAUAUGAACAUGUGCUUUUGGUGGAUUAUACUGGAAGGACUUUGGAGCGUUUACGGCGUUUACGCAGAACUUCCAUUCAUUGCAGACAACAAUGCAGCCAUGCUGGUCAACUGGAAUGCAGUCGAUGGAAACAAAAAGUUGUUUGCUAUCUAUGACACGAGCGUGAAUGAACCGGGAAACAUGUCUUUUGUGAAAGAGACGGUGGACAAACUACUAAAGGGAUAUGAUAUUCGUCUUCGACCAGACUUUGGAGGGGCCCCUGUUGCAGUGGGCAUGAGUAUAGAUGUGGCAAGCAUAGACAUGGUUUCGGAAGUCAACAUGGACUAUACACUGACCAUGUACUUUCAGCAGUACUGGAGGGACAAGAGGCUUGCGUACUUGGGGAUCCCAUUGAACCUGACUCUGGAUAACCGGGUCGCCGACCAGCUCUGGGUCCCUGACACCUACUUCCUCAACGACAAGAAGUCCUUCGUCCACGGCGUGACUGUCAAGAACCGUAUGAUCCGCCUCCAUCCGGACGGGACCGUGCUCUACGGCCUGAGGAUCACCACGACGGCAGCCUGCAUGAUGGAUCUGAGGAGGUAUCCGCUGGACGAGCAGAACUGCACACUGGAGAUCGAGAGCUAUGGAUACACGACAGAUGACAUUGAGUUCUACUGGAAGGGGGGAGAGAGCGCUGUGACCGGGGUGACCCGCAUUGAGCUGCCCCAGUUCUCCAUAGUGGAUUACAAGCUGGUUUCCAGAAACGUUGUCUUUUCCACAGGUGCCUACCCGCGGCUGUCUUUGAGCUUCAAGCUGAAGAGGAACAUUGGCUACUUCAUCCUGCAGACCUACAUGCCCUCCAUCCUGAUCACCAUCUUGUCCUGGGUGUCCUUCUGGAUCAACUACGACGCGUCUGCUGCCCGGGUUGCGCUGGGGAUCACCACUGUGCUCACCAUGACCACCAUCAACACCCAUCUGAGAGAGACGCUUCCCAAGAUCCCCUAUGUCAAGGCCAUUGACAUGUACCUGAUGGGCUGCUUCGUCAUGGUCUUCCUGGCCCUGCUGGAGUACGCCUUUGUCAACUACAUCUUCUUCGGCCGUGGACCGCAGAUGCAGAAGAAGCUGGCAGAGAAAGCGGAGAGGGCCAACAACGAAAGGGCGGCCAGAUACGAAUCCAACAAGUCUCCUCAGGAAGGAGGUAAAACGUCCUCUCUAAGGCUGACUAAGCAGCCUAAUAGAGCAAAAACGCUCCGUGUCUCACAGUCGGUGGAGUCUCACGGAAACAUACUGCUGACCACACUCGAGAUCCACAAUGAGGUAGCAGGAAAUGAGGUCACCACCAGCCUGGCGGACAGCAGGAACUCUUCCGUCAUGGGAUUGGACAACACCAGCAUCGGUACAGGCGUCCAGUGCAGGAAGGCAAGUCGCGCCUCGGGUCCUCGACACAGCGUCGACAGGCACGCCCAGCUCAAGAGGCACAAACUGAGACGGCGCUCCUCACAGCUGAAAAUUAAAAUCCCUGACCUGACAGACGUGAAUGCCAUCGACAGGUGGUCGCGGAUAAUCUUUCCCUCGGUUUUCUCUCUCUUCAAUUUAAUCUACUGGCUGUACUAUGUCAACUGAUUGACUGAUUUUAGGGUUAGGGGUGUUAUGAUUAAUAUUUUUUUUCCCCCUUUGUCGUCGUUUUCUACAUGACGAGAUGUUUUGCUAUCAAAAAACCAAGGACUGCAUGUGUAGAACACUAACAAAAUCCGUUGACUUAUUUGGCAAAGUCUUUUAUAUUUGAAGUCUUGCUCCAAGUUGGCAUACUGUAAACAUACUGUAGGACUGGGAAUAGUUAGGUCCCUGUAUUUUUGCCCUCUUUCCAGUUUGAUGAUGAUGAUGAUGAUGAUCUUUAUACCCAACUUAAUAUCGGCAAUAUACAAGAAAUGAAAGUUGACAUUUUGCAUUGUUCAACAAGAACAAACAGUAGUAUUUACAGUAAGGAAACACACACUUUACUAUGACGCAUACACAGAGUGAAUUGUAAUUACUGAAUAUGACUUAUAGUUACAAUUACAGUGAAUAAUGAAUCAUUUAUAACUAUGAGACAUACAUUUAUAUUGUGUCAUGAAUGUGGAUCAAUGCAAAAAAGAACUAAAACAUGUAUACUUAUGUUGUGACGCUGCCAUCUUUAUCACAUUCAUCUUUUUGCCUUGGUCUGAUAAUAUGAUUUUCAGGUGCCCAAAGUAUCUGCAGCUAUUACAGUGACGUGUUCCUGUUGUUGCGCAUUAUUAUAAUUAUUAUCAAUAGUAUAUUAGCAUUUUGAUUACAGAGCUGACAUACAAUUUGAACACAGGUGCAAAUGAUAGUAUACUGUUGAGGUUUAUCUCAGGUUCUGUAUUUUGCUAAUUGGCAACUGUUACUACUUCUACAUCCUGUCACAGUUUUGACAUUGGAAUAUUGAUCGGUAAUCUAAACAUAUCCACCACGGCACUCAAUGAACUGUCCCAAGGUUCCCAUCUUUUCUAGCCGAUACUGUGACAGCGUGACAGGAUUUCAGUCAAUAAAUUGACAGCAUUUCUUCAAAUCAGUUCGAUCUUUGAAAGCUGUUGUACUCUACUGCCUUGUGCUACCUAUAACACGUCUCUAUGAAAUAUUUAUAUUUCCGAUAUUUUUGUAAGAUGUUAACACAAAACGUUAAAUGCAGUUUAUCAACUCCUAUCUGGAAAAGAGUGAUUUCCUCUGUUCACAACCGAGUAGCAGUUUUAAGGAUUUGGUUUUACUCUGUGUGGUCUUGACUGCUGAAAUGACUUCCACUGUAAAUAUCAUGUAAAUUACACAUUUGAUGACCGUAUGGUCAUUUUUAUUUUGUUUUGUCUAAUUGUUUUAUAACACAAUGUGAAAGAGGGUAUACACAUUUGUUCGUUCAAAAUACUUGAAAAUGUACUGAGUGAACAAAUGUGUUUGAUUUCUUUUUUCAUUAUUUUCUUCAGAUUUAAAAGUAUUGAUUGUCAGGACAGACUACCAGUUAAAUGCACAGAAAUGCACAGACUAUUAAUAAUACAACUAAAUGCAUUGUAAAUCAAGGGCAUUGCAAACCACUGAUACCAGUAUAUUAUCUUCCUUUCAUGUAUUUCUAUAAUCUAUUCUGCACAGUUAUCGUAAAAGCACAAAAGACUAGAUUGAAUUAGUCUCAGAUUGCAACUAAUGCAUGAAUUCUUUUCUACAGGGCAAGGACAACGAGCCAUAACCAUUAGAUUGUAACAAGACAUAGCUAACACAUUUCACUGGGAAACUUAAUCAAUGGCUUGGGGGUAGCAAACAUUCGGGAGAACACUGGCACGGUCCAUGUCAUGUGACUCUGGGCAAGAGAACACACCAAGUCGGCACUGUCUGUUGUUUCUCUUUUGUAUGUGAUAUUGCAUGAAUAGUGAAUCCUAUAAUAUUAGAGCUGUAUUGUAGGUUACAGUGACAUUUCAAGUGAUUGUGAUUAACUGCCAUGCUGUGGUCGUUUAUAAAGCACUCAGUCAUAUCCCGGGGGGAAAUGGCCGAUAUUCACAAUGACAGUCUUCAAAUAUGCAUAGCAUUGAUCUGUCAACCUCGGCCCAAUGUAUUUGAACAAAACCAACUUGCUUGCUUUCAGUGGCAUGCAUCUUUGGUAUGUGCUGUACAUAUGUUUUGCUACUUGAUCAUUUAAGCUUGUGCGUGCUUGUGUGUGUGUGUGUGUGUGUGUGGUUACGUAUACUGGCCUAUAAUGGUUACAAACCAUGGGGUGUUCCUGCCCUUCUCUACCGUGUAGAUGGGGCAGGGCUGGCUCGGUCUUUGCGUACAACGAGUAAUCUUCCUUGGUUUUGGGUGUGAGACAAGUUGUCACCCUGACGAACUGCGGACCUGCAUUAGCUCCUCUGAGCUAAUGUCCGGGCUCUGGCUUAGGGACUAGGGUACGCUUUAGCACACAGAUAGAACAUGGACCUGCCGCAUGCAGGAGACCCGGGUUCAAAUCCUGGUUGGUCACAUUGGCGCGUGCAAUGGUACACUCCGGCAAUGAUUGCUGUCAUCAUUGCUGGCUUAUGUCGUAUGGCCUUUGGCCCACUAUGGAAUGUGAAAAUGUUCUGUGCUGCCAUACUUGUAUUUAAAUAUAGAUGUCUGUGUGUGUGUGUGUGUGUGUGUGUGUGUGUGUGUGUGUGUUUCUCCUUUAAUUAUUUAGGUUAUGAUGUUGCUCUAUUAACACAAUAAUAUCAAUUGUAUGAUUGUAAUAAUUGGUUUUGCGUCCUGUAACAUCUGCUAUAUGCUAUCGCAAAGAAAUAAUUUCUUGUUCCUAAUGCAUUUCUGUUGAAUGAUUAAGUCUAGAUAACGCCCAAUAUUUUAUGAUUUGUAUGUCAGGUGAAGAUUAUUACCAGUAUUCCUGGAUUGUGAUUAAAACUGUAUAUAUCAAGGAA